GAGGCCCUGUAGUGUGUUAAGUUAGUCUACAUCUUCUGUCCAUACUGCAGCUCUGAGUUAUUGAUCAGGGUCUCCUGUCUCAUGGACCCUCGGCCUGAUGUCUUAGGAUCAAACACGGCUCUUGGCGGCUCUCUGAAUGCUUGGCUGAAGCUGAAAAGCAUCCUCUCUGAAGCAGCGUCUGUGACGAGCCACCAUGGUGUGCCUGACCCUAGAUGUGAUUGCUAAAUCUAAAAACCACUUCAAAAAGAAAAGGGGCCUCUCCUUUCCGGAGUACCUCAGGGCCCUCACACACCUCCACUUUUCUGGCAAGAGUAUUGAAGACAUUGGUGACAUCUCCACUUGUAGAAACCUCACCGUCCUCUACCUGUACGACAAUCUGAUCACACACAUUUGUAACCUUGACUUUGCCUCCAACCUCACUCAUCUGUACAUGCAGAACAACAACAUCAGUCAUAUCGACAACCUCUUCAAUCUGCAGAAGCUCUCCAAGCUGUAUCUGGGUGGAAACAGGAUCGCGGUGGUGGAGGGCUUAGAGAGACUCUGUGAGCUAAAGGAGCUUCAUCUGGAGAACCAAAGGCUGGCACCAGGGGAGAAGCUGCUCUUUGACCCCAGGACUCUCCUCUCUCUUGCUCACUCUCUUUGUGUCCUAAAUAUCAAUAACAACAACAUUGAUGACAUCAAAGACCUGGCCGUGCUGAAGGAGCUCCAGCAUGUCUCUGCUGCUGACAAUAAAUUAAACAAUAUGGAGGAGGUAGAGGAAGUGUUGAGCCACUGGCCUCUGCUGCUUCAGACGGAUCUGAGUGGAAAUCCUGUGUGCAAAAGAGCAAAGUACAGAGACCGCCUGAUAACUGUGUGCACGAGCCUGGUAAUUCUUGAUGGAAGGGAAAUCAAUGAGACAACCAGACAGUUUCUCUUGAACUGGAAAGCAUCUAAAGAGGCGAAGAAGAUAAAAAACAACCAGCAUGUGACAAACGGACAGCUGAUUCCUUAUCCCUUCACAAGUGACUUUAACACGGUUCAGGGUCCACAUCCUGCUCACAAAUACAGCCACGUAAAGAUGCAGACAUUGCAGCCUCUCAGGCCUGCGGUCAUCGUUCACAGAGAUCUCAGUUAAAACUCCACUGAAACUACAGAGUUGUUUUAUUUUAGCUGUCAUAGUCUCAGCACACUCAGCUGUCACACAGAGCAUCAAGUAGAGUGUGUUAGCUGAGUUUUAUUCUGAAGUUUUAUAGUCUGUUAUUUCAGUUUCCCUCAUUCUUCCUUCUGAACAAAUAAAUUCCUGUUUUGUGAUCGUGCUUCCUUGAUUAGCAUUGCUGCCAGUCUACAAAACAUUCUCAAACUAAUUCUACAUCAGGAAAUAUAUUCAAUGACAGGUGAUCUGUUAUUUGAUUGUGACUGUUCCUUCUUUUCUGCAUUAUCACAGGGCAUAGAAAUGAAAUAUUCCUAUGAGUGGACUCCUCAGUCCCUUGGCUAUCUCAACAUUGCCCGUAUGCAGUCAUCUGGAGGCUUAAUACACAGUCCACUAAAAUCUCCACAUGUGCACAAAUAAGCCAGAGCACAGGUAUAACUCUGCUACUGCUUGGCUUUUAACACUUUCUUUCUAAAGAGAGGCAGGACACAGUUGGAUUUCCGUAGACCACUGGACUUCAGAAUCACCUAUAGUAGAUUUAAGUGGUGUAAAAUAAGAUUUUUUUUCACAGAAUAUUGAAACUAUUUCACAUUUUUAUUAUUGUUGUAACUAAACUGAAUUUCCUUUAAACUAAUAAAAACCCUUGAAAUAA